UGCAGCAGCAGGCUGGUCUAUGCUACAUACAAUAAACAACAACAGUGCGCCUCCGCGGACGGCAGUAUCAUAUUAUCACAAUCACACCCAGAACAUUCGAUGUACAUAUUAAAAUAAUAAAAUAGUAAAUAUUUUAACAUUUCGUCUGCUGUGGUGUCUCUUUUGAAUUGUCGAGUCACUAAAAAAGAUGGCCGUGGCUGGAGAACCUUUGAACUUAGCGAAAGAUGUCAAACGUGCCAUCGAACUAUUGGAAAAGCUUCAAAAAACUGGAGAAGUGCCGGUAACCAAAUUAGCUGCGUUGCAAAAAGUAUUACAGAGUGACUUCUUAGCAUCAGUGCGGGAAGUAUACGAACAUGUUUAUGAAACUGUUGAUAUACAAGGAUCUCAGGAUGUCCGUGCAUCAGCCACAGCUAAAGCAACCGUCGCAGCGUUUGCUGCUAGUGAAGGUCAUGCACAUCCAAGAGUGGUGGAAUUGCCGAAAACAGAAGAAGGACUUGGAUUUAAUGUAAUGGGUGGCCGAGAACAAAAUUCUCCGAUCUAUAUAUCACGUAUAAUACCCAGUGGUGUAGCUGAUAGACAUGGUGGUUUAAAGCGAGGUGAUCAACUUUUGUCUGUUAAUGGAGUGUGCGUUGAAGGUGAAAAUCAUGAAAAAGCUGUAGAGUUAUUAAAACAAGCCCAAGGUUCUGUCAAAUUAGUUGUCAGGUAUACUCCAAAAGUCUUGGAGGAAAUGGAAAUGCGAUUUGAUAAGCAACGUGCUGCUCGAAGGAAGCAACUCAACCAAUAAUUACAUACUGUUGGUAUGAAUAAUAGUCUACGUAACUGAAUAGUAUUUGAUCAACUUAAAUUGCAUACUUAUUUAGUUUAAGGGUUGUUAAAAUAUUGUUUUAAUAUGGUUGCCACCAAGUCUUGUCCUUACUCAUGUAUUUGUGUUCUCUAAUCAAAGAAAAAAUUAUGUUUUGUGUUUGCAAUAACAACCAUAAAUUAUAUACAAUAAUUUAAUUAAUUAAUAAGUAACAACAAAUUGAUUUACUUAAAGUAUGUGCUUAGGUUAAUCAACAUAGAAAUGACAAAAUACUGACAAGUAAUUAUAGAUUUAAACCCACCAUUUAAAUAAUUUACUGUGAGUAUCACAUCAUAGAAAAAUUGAAAUGUUUUUAAA